UCUGUGUGUCCAUAUGUGCAUCAACCUUCAGCUUAAUCCUUCUUUUCUUCCCACUCUUUCAAAAAAACAUGAUCCUCGCCAUGUUUGCUUGCCUAAUUAGUAGGAAAACCUCAGAUGAAAAAUUAGUAGAGCUACUCAAAGACAGAGAGGAAAUAUACAGAGAUAAGUUAACAGAAAAGAUAUCUCCUCUGCCAAGCCAGGCAGUGAAGAAAAGUGUCCGGUUUGCGGAUUCAGAACAUGCCAUUCUGAGAGAAAAAGAUGACAAGGACUUGGUGAAAAGUACCGAAUCAGGAGAAAUUAAAGGAGGGAUUAGAGUGAAAGUAAAGAUGACAAAGGAAGAAGCAGCUAGGUUGCUAUCAAAAUGCAAAGAAGGAGGAAUUCUCGAGUUCAAGGAUGUUGCUCGUGAGCUUGUGGACAUCCCACUGAACCGAGUCACUGUUUUCUCUACUUGAAACAAUGUUUCACUGCCAAAGUUCUUGCUCCAAUGAUAAUGUUAAAUUUGUAGUAGUGAAGCAUGCAGUGAACUAAUGACACAUGAAGUUAUGCAUGAUAUAUGGCGUGAUCGAGGUGUGUGGGAUUGGGUAUGUGAGGUGGGAGCGUGGACAUGGAGCAAAGGCAAAGCAUCAUAAAGAUUUUGAGUUGUGUAGCAUUGCUAAACAAGUCUUAUAUAUGGAAAUUGAAAUUGUUAUUGUAAAAAUAUAAAAUAGCCAUGGAAAAAUUGAAAGUGUUGUAAAUGGAAGUUGAGUUCCAGGUUAUUUAAAAUUGAUUAAGAUGUGGUGUUUGAUUUUU